UUCGAGUUUGUCAAGCCGGCGAGUAACGAACAGUCGAGCCUUGUACGGCAGUGUAAAACUAUUCCAGAAUUUUCUUUCCUCGGAUUUAGUGAAAAAUUCGUGGAGCCAAUGGAUGACGCGACAAAAAACUUCGCCGAUGUCCAUGCGGAUGUUAGCUGCGAUAUAAAUUAUGUGCCCUCCGCUAUCGAGCUUAUAGAAAGUUUGAAUGCAUUGGGCACCGGAUUACUGAGUGUCGGAUCAAUAUUCUCAGUCCUCACAAUAUACUUCGCUGUCGAUGCAUGUCACAAUAUCGUCUAUCAGAAGAACUCGAAAUUUUACAAAGGAAAUGCCAUCGUGAUCCUAUCAGUAUAUCCAGUCGCGAGUGUAUGCAGCCUUAUGGCGAUUGCGAUACCAAGAGGUCAGCUACUAUCGGAGGCGGUAACCCAAAUGUUCCUAACAAUCUCAUUUUAUCGGCUCUAUCUUCUUCUGCUGGACGUCGGUCGCCGAAAUAUCAGCGAGACGCCGGCGCUGAUGCUACGAGUCGGGCCCUGUUGCUGCUGGCCCUGUCUGCCCUUUCCGAACCUUCAGAUGACCGAUGCCAAUUUGUCUUGGCUAAGAAUCCUGAUCCUACAACUUCCUAUCGUCCAGGGUCUUCUCUAUUUCGUACUCCUUUUUAUGGCAGCCGAAGAGCCGAUUCUUGCCGCACAAUAUGGCAUAUAUAUUCAGCCGUUCAUGGUAAUCAGUAUACUCCUAGGAAUAUAUAGUUUAACUAUUGCUACAAAGACUCUACAUGCGGUAGCUCCAGAGGCCAAUUUACAUUUCAAGACUUUGGUGACGCAACUGGUGCUGUUGUUCUCUAAAUUGCAGACGGGCAUUAUUAAGCAAUUGCCCGCCACAGGCCUUUAUCCGUGCAAUCCACCUCUCACUCCGACAAUUUACGCCAGUGUGACAUACAACUCACUGAUGUUAUUCGAAAUGCUGUUACUAUGCUACGCUGCUCGGCAUAUAUAUUAUGUCGAUCCGGAAAAAAAUCAAGAACAGGACGCAAUAGAUCGUAUGCCAAAAACAACGAAUCACGAGCCGACGAAUAGCAACGAUGGCAACAAGUAAUUUCCAAAGACGUCAACCGCAUAAAUUUCCAAGCUAACGACAUCGUAGAAAAAUGUCCGCUGUAUAUAUUAUUUAUGUCGCAAAAACUUUCAUCGAUGAAAAACUCAUAUCUUUCGAUGUUUUAAUCAGCAUACAUCGAUCGAUAUAAAGUAAGACAAUAUUGAUCGAUGAAAGUAAAACGGGAUUGUGUAGAUGUAGAAUGUACAACAUAUAUUGGGUUCUUUUCGAUAAUUUAACUUUUCGAUAAAUUAACUUUUAGCCCUAUUUUUACAAAUCCUCUUUCUACUUCUGCAUUAUAAGCAUCCUUAUGUAAAUAUCAUUAUAAUUGUUAUUAAUUAUCACAAGAUGUGUAUAAUAUUGUUAAUUACUAGAACGGUACUGUAAGAAGCUCACACGAGGUAGAAGUCGGCAUAUGAAAGUCGAUCGUACUCGAUUUUAGACUGAUUCUCUCUCUCUCUCUCUCUCUUUCGCUCUCUAUUCUAUAUAUAUGUAUAUGUAUAUGUGUAUAUAUAUAUAUAUAUAUAUAUAUAUAUAUAUAUAUAUAUAUAUAUAUAAUUCUGCAAAUAUUAAUUUUUAAAUAAGUGUUUUCUUUCAUUGUUCUGAGUUAUUAUCUAUUUUAUCAUUUUUUAUCUUUUCAUUUUUUAAACUACUAUCGCAUGCUGAUAGUAAUUCUUCGAAUCAAUUAAAAAAGAUGUUAUAUACUUUUCAUUAUUUUAAUUAUCGUCGCGCGCCAUGUAUAAAUUUUCUAAAAUCUACUUUUAGAAAAAGAAACGUAAAAGUGAUAUAUAUAUAUAUAUAUAUAUAUAUAUAUAUAUAUAUAUAUAUUUCUAAUAAUAAAAAUAAAAACAAAACUAUAUGAAGAAAUACAAUCAAGAUUCUUCUUUAAAUGUGUGUUUUUGUAAAUAGCAAUUUGUAUGUGUGUGUGUGUGUGUGUAAGAUUAUAAUAUGCAUUAAAUAUUAUAAUGUACAUAAAGAUUUUUGUUUUCUAAAUUUUACAUUUAAGACUGUUCAAAAUUAAUUAUAAAAAAACUGUCGACUCUCAAAACAAAUUCAAAAGAAUACUGUGCUGAAAGAGAAAGAGAUCAAAUAUAAAAAUAAAAUUACAAGAGUUUUGUAUCAAUUGUGUUUUCUUUUCAAGUUUGAUAAUCGCAUAAAAUUAAAGAGAAAUGACAUAUUCUCUAUUCCUAUUUACACUUUAUCCAAAAUGUCAUCUUGUUCUCUGUAUACUCGAAAAGAUACGUUAAUAUUCCGAUAACAUGUUUCCAUGUAUAUUAAAUGUCUUGAUUCUUCUCUUUCUCUUUCAAGGAAAGACGAACAUCCCGCAGAUAAGAAUUUACACAAAGUUCUCUGACUUAUUAUUCUUUCCUGGAUUCUUCGUUUUAUUUACGUCGCCCUUUGCUUGAUUUCGUGAAAAGUUUAAAAACGAUCAAAAUUGUAAAUAUUAAUAUUUUCCAUGUUAAAAUCAUAUAUGCAUCUAUGUAUGAUUGAUCUUUUUAUUAUAAUAUAAAAAUUAUUAAUAGACAUAUUAAUUUUCUGAAGAA